AUGGAUCCACCGCCUGACAAAAUUCGCGAGUUGAUAUCGCGUCUCAACGAGGACCAAUUGCAGCAACUGUGGAAGCUGCACGAAGGACAAAUCCUCGGGCCCCUCCUCGAUAUAACCAAGAAAGCAUGCGAAAAUAUCAGCCUUCUUGUUAUGGACAGACUUGAUUCAGAGCCUGUUCAAGAUUAUGUGACCGAAUUGGAGACCCGACAUCGCAUUUUGCAGCGAAUUCAGCGCAAUACAAUGAAAUGCUCGGACGACGAAAUCAACAUGGCACUAUUUGCCGUCAUUAUGGUAGCCCCGGUAAAUAUUCUAGAGUCGAGAGUUGCGGCGCUGGAGGAUAGCAAUCGUCGCAAUGAUCAGGCUGAAGUUGAUGAAAUGCUCGCUCGGUGGCGGAGUGCAUGCAUAAACGGCAUUCAAGCAUUUAUGCCGCCUCAAUCAACCUCGCUUCCCCGACGCCUUACAGAUCUUCCACAGGCUAGCUCCGACGCAGUCAACCUUUGUAAGGAGCGAGAUAGCAACGUAUGCCAUUUCACCGGCAUGUAUGAUCCACAGGCGGCCUAUAUUAUCCCGCUCGAAGCGACAAAGAGUGCAGCUGUAUCACGCAUAGCGGAUAUGCUCGAGAUAUUCUGGGGCGUCGGGACAGCGGCUCGACUUUCUGCGUUAAUUGGGGACCCUAGGAUCACCAAUUCUCCUCAGAAUAUGCUUUCGAUGAACCAUCAGCUCCAUGACUGGUUUGAUGGUUGCAAAAUAGCGCUUAAACCGCUACGAAAGACAGAUGAGGGUUAUGUCCAAGUCCAGUUUCACUGGCUCAGACAGGGCAAAUGCGUGCCACAUUUCACCACAGCCACCUACUACCCACCUUUUGAAAUGUUGAUGGAGAACAGUGGGAUUCUGAAAGAUGGAUCCUGGGAUAUAGGGACCGCCCAUCGACGAAGUGGUUUGCGCCUUGAGACAGGCCAGACCUUUAUCUUAAGGUCGGAUGUCCUGAAUCAUAUACCCAGCUUUGAGCUUCUCGAGCUUUCGUAG